AGAGUUUGGGAUCGGACAUCUAUAUAAGAUCCAUUCGAUAUUAUCAAUUUAUUACUUACGCCUAAUGAGCAAAUUGAACAAAACACUAUAUAUCUUGGAUGAAAAGAAAACCAGAUUAAUUGCUAUUGAGUAUGGUCCAGCCCCAGAUAAACACAACUACAUCAAGUUCUACAGACCCCGACGAUCAGUCAGCUGUUGACAGUGUGAAUCCAAAACCAGUCACCACCACCACCUGGUGGCCAUGGGUGGUUGUUUCUGCCGUGGUCCUUUUUGUAGUGGUGCUCGUCAUCAUAAUCUUUGUUUGUGUUCGGAAAUAUCGGCAUCGGUCCCUCAAAAGAAAGGGUUCAACGGAGAUCACAGAGAAUAAACUCUACAGCGUCACUGGCGUAACUGGAAACAUUCCAGUAAAUGUGACCAUUUAUACAAAUGAAGGCUAUAUUCCUGACGUCAUACCGACUGCUGACCGACAAGUGGCAUCUAGGAAUUACAAAUACGACUAUGUGCGUACUAUUAAUACGAGCCUUUUGAUGAGUGAUGAACAGAAAAUACAACAUUUGAAAAGUUCCCAAGAAAUUUACGUGAAUACACUUGAUAUAACUGGAACUCAUGAUUUAGAUGACGACUCAAAACAAUAUCAAAAUAUCUUUAGUGAAAAGACCGAAGAAGAAUAUACUGACGUAGUUUCAGAAUUAAAACACUGUCAAAUGCAUCACUCAUACGUAGAAAUGAGUGACGAGAUUGACAUGGGUCUUUACAAUAAAUUAAAUCAUGGAACGCGGUCAGUACGUCGUACUGAGUUAGAGGAUAUCACGUACAGUCAUAUACAACCGGAGUCAGAGGGGGAGUAUACGAUUCUGUGUGGAGGGGAAGCCAUGGUUAGCUUGAAGAUAUACGAAAACCAACCAGACAAAUGGAGCAAUCAGCCCUAGAGUCAUAAUGCUACAGCAGGAUUUUGUAUGUCGAAAAAUCCUAACACAUAUAUUACAUGUGUGACUUAACUUCAAACACAAGCUUAAAUACUAACUAGCUUGUGAUUUUGCAUAAUAUUAUGAAUUUUCAUUCUUAUAAUAGUUUUUGUUAAAAAAUAAAUUGCUUGGUGAUGCAUUGACAUACGAGGGGCAUUUGAAAAGUUCUGAGAACUGUUUAAUAAAAAAUUAACCAUUUCACGGAAAAUUGAGAUUGAUAUCGUUGGAAAGAUCAGACAAAUAUACACAUAUUGUGACGUCACUUUUUAAAAUUUUUAUGACAUAAUAACUCCGAAAAUGACGUCAGAAUUAAGAAUGUUUAGCAUACUGAAAAGUCGCACUUUUUAUCCACAUGAGACGAUACUAAAAGUGCUGCCAAAUGCUUAUUUGAAAAAAUAUAUCAAAGAAAAAUUUAAAUUGCAAAGAGGAAGAGUAGGACUAUGGUACUGUUUAUCAGCAAUACCAUUAUUCAUUGUAUGGUUUGUUUACUAGCACGGUUUAUGUCCAGUUAUGCGAUCAUCGUCAUUCAUUUAAGAUUUUCAUUUACAUGAUACGGCUAGAUUUUCGGUCUUUUAUAUUGCUCUCCAUUGUUUGAAAUAAAACAUGUUUUGUAUUAACUGAAGUAUAUUAAUGCAGUUUUUAACAAUUAGAUGUAUAUUUUGAGUAACAGGACUCUUACCGUUUACGAAUAAAAUGUACUAAAUCUUGUCCCUGA